AUGGACUGGGAGUACUUCAAGUUUCUGAAUUGCACCAAGGCGCACAUGAUCUCACAGGAUGAUGGCUCAUACAAGUUCAUUCUCAUGACCAAGGAUGCCCUUCACCUGGCCAUUUUGAAUGCUGACGCUAAUGACGUACACUCUUAUGCGAUGUUUGAUCUCGUGAUCAGCCACCCGAUGAAGCCGGGAUUUUGGAAGAUCCACGGCUGUAUGAAUGACCAGAUCAUGCACAGCACAGGAGAGAAGACAAAUCUGGGCCUGCUUGAGGCGAUGAUGAAUCAAGACCCCUAUAUGCAUGCGUCAAUCAUCUUCGGUCGUGGACGGUUCCAGGCUGAUAUUCUUGUGGAUCCCAAGCGGGAGUACCAGUUUGACCUGUCAGACAAGAAGAAGCUCGCCGAGCGGACUGUCGAGAAGAUGAUUGAGUUUGCACCGCAGCAUUCGAGAUUGUUCAAGGAGAUGAUCAUGGUGUCGAAGCCUUCCAAGCCGUUCUCAUACACAGCCAAGAACACCAUGCGCCGUGGAGUCAUCUUGAAGGAGUACGACCAAGAGAUCAAUGACAUGUACGAUUUGGUUGAGAAGAGCAUGCAAUCGAACGUUCCUCCUCCAGAGAAGUGGGAUCUGGACUCGGCCAUGUGGUUCGCACUACUGGGUUCCAGGAUUGUCCUGCAGGUCUGA